AGGCCGUCAUGUCAUGUCCUCCUCUCUCAAGUUUCUCUUUGGUAAACAAAACCGAGUGGGACGCUCCUGACCAAUUCCUAUACGUGCCUAGAAAACAUAUAUGUCUAUUUAUAUACAUAACGUUUCCUUGAUAAAAAAUAUUAGAAAUAUAUCGUACAAAAAUUGUUGAAAAUAUUAUAUUUAUGAUGGUAUCUUGUUCCAUCAAAGAUUGUAAAAGUAAUUGGAAGAAAAGUUCUGUGAUAAACUUUUAUAGAUUUCCAGUUUCAAAUGAGAAAAUUGUGAAAUAUUGGAUUGCUGCUACAGGGCGAAAUAAUUGGACUCCAUGUUCAGAUGCACGAAUAUGCAGUCUGCACUUUACAGAUAGUGAUUUUUAUAGUAGUAUAGAGCACAACGAAAAACGUCUUAAAUCUAAUGUAAUUCCAACGCAACAUGUACAUGCAAAUAUUUUGGAAGUGCUCCAGCAAGAUACGGGGCAUAAAAUCAAAGAAUAUAAUCAAAAUAAUGGCACUAGUCCUGAAGAACAAAAAUUGACGAGUAAGCAGAAUGAUAAUCAAAUUACUUCAGUGGUAUCAAAAUGUUUCAGAUGUUCAAUUUAUAAUCAGUUAUUGUUAGAAAAUGAAAGAUUACGGAAGGAAAUAGAAGACUUAAAAAUAUUACAGGAAAAACGAUUAAAUCAGCAAGCAAGUAUGUUUCGUACCAUUAUACAUAAUAAAGAAGCUGUACUGAAGAAAAAAUUAGAAAUGAUUAAAAAUAAAAAUAAGAACUUAAACAAAAGUAUACAACAAACAGGAAAAAAUAUCACCAAUUUGAAAACGGUAUUAAAAGAUUUGAAAAGACAAAAUAUUUUGAGGAAAGACGCAUAAGAUAAUUAUACUGGAACAUUUGCAAAAAAAUUUUGAGAUUUUUUUUAUGGUGGUUUAAUUAGUCGAUACAAUUGUGUUUAUAUUUGCAUGAAAACUGACGCAGUUAAAUAGCACAAAUGAUGUUAAAAAAUGACAGUGAUAUUUAAUAGAUUAAAAUGAAAUAGACAUCUCUUUGUUAUUUAAAUAGAUAUUA